UGAAGAAGAGGGCCUGGCCACAAGGCCUGCCUCUCUCUCCUCGCUUACCAGUUGUUUUGUGAGUCACAUCCCUCACAAACACUCGCUCACUCCAAUGCUGUCUCUAACUCUGGCCUAGGCAGAGUCGCGGAGGCCGCAGGGCUCCCCUCUCCCCCCUCGGAGGGGGGGAAGAAGGAGCCCAGCCACCCCCUGGCCUCUCACACCUACACACAGCAGACACCAACAGAAGAAUGCCAACAGCUUCCAGUGGCUGUGUAUAUAUGAUUUUGAGCAGAAGCGAACAAAACGAGUGGUGAUUUGCCCUCCAGGGAACACUGCCCUGGCACCCAAUCACCUCUGAGCCCCCGACUCCCGGGGGGGCCAUCUCAAAAUAUGACACUUCUGAACUUCAUCCUCUUAUCAGCCAAAGAAAAAUGUUGCACUUCAUUUUGCAGUAUAAUCUACAUGGAAAUUAUAACUGUAGAUGAAUUGUGGAAGUCACAGAAAUGUGCAAUAUUUUAGAAAUUUUAUGAGCAAACUAUUAAUAGGGUAAAAUGAAAAUAUUAGUAGCAAAGCUUUACAUAAUAUCAGCUAAAAUUUUCCUAGCAAAGUACUCCCUAAUAACAAAGGACCAGCCCAUACAUCUCUCUGAAAAGGCACCCUCUGCCAUCUCAAUUUGCUGUGAACCACAUAGGUUCCUCAAAAAUUUAUCUCUGCAGGCAAUUCCAAAGGUUUUCUUGCUUAUUUCUUAAAGAUCUGAUACAGUAAAUACUUAGGAUUUUCUAUAGCACCUCAGUAUUUGUGCAGGGGCUGAAGCUGGAAGGAGAAAGCAAGAUAUGCUUGCCUAUGGUGGGGUUCAUGUAUCUGCAAGAUGAAUAUUCCCAUUCUGUGGCUUACUCUUACAGUGUAGGAUUUUCUAGGAUUCAGCCUGUCUUUCUAGUCUUGUUUCUACUUAUGGACAUCAAAGGAAGGAGGGCUUCCCAGAAGGUGGGAAGCCAAAACUCUGUGAGCUGGUGGUUUUAUUUAUUUAUAGAUUCCAGAAAGACAUACAAUUGCUGUCAGUGGUGAUUAUAUUGCAAGAUACUGUAUUGGAAAAACAAUUUUAAUCAACAAUCGGAUUCAUCUCUGACUCCAACAGAUUUCUAGUGCUCCUGGCUAGCAAUGCCUGGCUGAGAGCUGUGCACAGAGGGGAAAAGCUUAUAGAUGGGCUCUGCAGAGCAGGGUGGCUCCUGGCAGCAAGCUAGGGAAUUACUAGAACAGGUAGUGUGGAUGGAUCAAAGAGUUGUUUGAGUAUGAGUUUUGCUGCAAACAGACUGCUACCAGAUAUCCUUGCCUUGGUCAGCAGUGAGGGGACCUACAGCAGCUCAUGGGUUCUUAGAAUUAAAGAUGAGUCACUUUAAGGUUAUGGAAUUUUCUUUCCUAUUACUCCACUUCCUCUGUUUUCUAAAGAUAAAUAAGAAAUGAGAGCCUGGAAAUUCUCUUGAGAGGUCCUGCAGCUUGUUUGUUUUGUAAAAAUACUUCUUGUUAUCUAAUUUUGUUACACUUGUUAACAACAGCAGCAGCUUUCCCAUAAAACUUGCCCCAAGUAAACUAACCACAACUUUGACAACUGAGCUGCAGAGCAGAGAAGAUCGUCUUGGAAACUUGAAGAUGAAGUACUUUCUUCUGCCAACUCAUUUAGCAUUUCUCUAUAGCUUUGCACUAAGUAAACCUGUCCAGAUAGCUACAAGAAACAAUGACUUAGGUAGUGAAAUAGCUGUGUAUGAAGGAGACAUCCUCUUGAGAAGAGGACGACGCAGUGCAAUUAACUGUGAGAGUUGUUUAUGGCCUAAGUCACAAGAUGGACUAGUCAAGGUUCCAGUUAACAUCUCUUCUGAUUUCUCCAUAACAGAGAGGUCUUGGAUUGCUGAUGCUCUGCAAGAGAUCUCCACACUGACCUGUGUGCAGUUUGUAAAUCGCACUACAGAAACAGACUACGUGUAUGUCGAACACGGGCAGAGUUGCUGGUCUUACUUUGGAAAAAUUGGAGGACGUCAAGCAGUAGGCCUGGUGAAAAAUGGUUGCAUGGAUAAAGGAGCAAUUCAGCAUGAAAUGAACCACGCGCUGGGUUUCAUCCACGAACAGGCACGGAGCGAUCGGGACAGAUUUGUCAAGAUUAUGUGGGAACACAUAGUGGCAGGGGAACAAGGGAACUUUGGAAAAAUGAAUUCCAGAAACCUGGGUCUUCCCUAUGACUACUCUUCAGUGAUGCACUAUGGCGCGUACGAUUUCUCCAGCACUCCAGGGAAACCAACUAUUGUACCAGUUCCUGACCCCUCUAUACCCAUUGGGCAGAGAGAAGGGCUGAGUAACUUGGAUGUAGCCAAAAUCAACAAGCUCUACAAGUGCAAUUGCUGUAGUUCUGUGUUGCCUAAAUCCAAAGGCUCAUUCUCCUCUGUCAAUUACCCAGCUCCAUAUCCGAACAACAGCAACUGUCUGUGGUUGAUCCGCAUCCGUCGAAGUAAGGUUUUCCUGCAGUUUGAGGCUUUUGAUCUUCAACCCUCCCCAGACUGUUCUUCUGACUAUAUAAAAAUUUACAACGGAAACAGCAGGAAUUCCCCUGUCUUGCUGGACAAGUACUGUGGGAAGGAUUCAUUGCCCUCCUUAGUGGCAUCUGGAUCAACAAUGCUCGUAGAGUUUGCAAGUGAUGAGAACAUUACAGCCACAGGAUUCAGAGCCUCCUACAACAGGGUGAAUUGUGGAGCCACUUUCAGAGAUUCAAAUGGAGUUAUCACUUCUCCAAACUACCCUAAUAAAUACCCCAAAAACAGAGCAUGCUUCUGGAUCAUCAGUUCUCCAGUAGGAUACAAGAUAUCUCUCAAAAUGUUAUCCUUUGAGCUGGAAUAUAGUGACAGAUGCACCUAUGACUACUUGCUCAUACAUGAUGGAAGCCAACCUACAUCACCUGCAGUUGGCCCUUACUGUGGGACAGAGAAGGUUGCAGACUUUACUUCCACUGGGAACUUUGUGCUGGUUGAAUUUCACAGUGAUAUAGUUUGGGAGUUGCCCGGAUUUGUGAUGAGUUAUACAUUUGGUAGGUAAGUCCUAUACAGAUGGGGGUUGAAAAACACAGAAUGAAAAUAAAAGUCCAGCUAGCCAAAGGUAAAAGUCAAAAUGCCACCAAUUUCAGAAAAAAAUAUAGCUCCCUGAUGCCUUUCACAAGCUUGAAGCUUGAUCUCUUAGUCUUACAUCUGCAGUGAUGUAAUUUGCAUGGUGAAUCAUGGACAGAAAUGUUCCUGCCCAUGGGAUGCUUCUGUCUGAGAUUGUAGGCUUUUUGUUUUACUAAUCCCAUUGCUGGUGUUGCAUGGCCAAAUACAAUAGCAGAGCUGAAACUAUGUAAACAGAUUCUUAAGAACGUCUAGUGGUAGAAACUGUGCCCAUAAAAAAAUCCAGAAUAUGGCUAUGUAGCAACUUUAGCCUGUAUUCUGGUAAAUGGUAUUACCCAACUCUAAUUUGCAUUCCAGCAUACAUAACAGAAAAACCUUCAGACACAUACUUAUUUAUGCUUUGAAGCCAAGAUCACUGACACAGUUCCUAAGUACCUGAGCUUAACCUGGAAAUCACCAUUUUACACUGAAGGUGCAAACUAGGAUGUUUGUACAGCAUCUCAACUUGAAGAAUUGCACUACCCUCUGUGAGAUGAAUGAGGUCAGGGAACAAAUUUAACUAAAGAAACAGUUAAGAGUGGCAGGAACAAGCAGUGAGGGAAAGGAAAUGGAGUGAAGCACCUAUUGUUGCCACUUUGCUGUGGCCUGAGUCAGGUAUUGAAAUUGUCCACGGGGUAUUACCAAAAUACUUUUUAAAAAUGAGGCCUGAAAACUUAAUGCAAAGUGCAUUUAUUGAAUGUUCUCUUUGGAGAACAUUUUAGGUGUGAAGUACCUUGUCUGUAGAGAGAAAUCUUCCUCCUCUGAGAAGACAGCUGAAGAGGAGAAAGAAAUCACCACCAUAAACACUAGCACUUUGCCUUGAUUUGAUGUAUUCAGAAUUAAAUGCUAACACCAAACUGAGAGAUACCAAAAUGUAAUAAAUAAUAAAAGUUUUUGCUGAAAUUA